AUGGAAAAGAUGUACGAGGAAGCAAGAAAGGGGAUGCCUAAACCUAGGUUUCUACACAAGCUUCAUGACCCAGGUUACUUCCUUAUACAUUUCUCUAUCAAUGGAAGCUACUUUGAUGAUGCUCUUUGCGAUUCCGGUUCUAGUGUGAACCUUAUGCCGGCCGAGAUAGCCAAGAAGUUGGGAUUGAUCAAUUCAAUUGUGAAAUCUCGAAUGGAUUUAAAGCUAGCUGAUUCAUCAUUGACCGAACCACUUGGAGAGGUUAAAGACAUUCAGCUUGAUUUUGGAGGCUGCAUAGUUCCAGCCAACUUCUAUGUAGUAACCAUGAAGGAUCCGGAGGACUUAAAGCUUUUGCUUGGAAGAUCAUUCCUAGCCACAGCUGGAGCGAUCAUGGAUUGGCCUAAUAGAAGAAUCUCUCUAGCCAAUGUUGACAAGGACACCUUCUACGAUGCUGCACCUCCCGGUUUCUCAUCCAAGCGAUUUCGCUACACAAGUGGAGGAGAGUGCUCACAAGUAAGAGGAGAGUCGCAUGGCUACUUGAUCAAGGAAGUUCUACAGGACAAGAUGCACUUGGAAUCAUCAGGCAACAGAAGUUCUUGGAGCCUGAUGGCGGGUUUAGAUUGCCUCAAAUUUUCACAAUUUAUAAACCCAACUAAUGAGCUGCAAGUGCACAGCCGUGUUGUAGUCGGGGUCGAACACGAGGAGGAAGUGUUCUCACUUAACACCUUGUGA